AUGACUGCCAAUUCAAAGAUAAUAAAUUUAUCGAUAUUCUUUUCGAUAAAUGCAUUUUAUAUGCUACUAUAUAUUUUUAAUCAUACCUUUAUACAAGUUAUAAGUACAUUAUGCAUUUUAUUACUUUUGGUGAGCGGAUUAUUUGUAUUUUUACAAGUAAAUACAGUAUCUGAUUACAAGGAAAAUGAAAAGUUAGAGAUUGUAUCAAAAAAGGCCUUAGAAGGUUUUAUAACAUAUUUGUAUGAGUUAAUAAACGAUAAAUUGACAUUAGUCAGAAAAUACCUAUUAUGGAAAAACAAAAUGGAAAAUCUAACUGUAAUUGUUGUUAUAUAUUUAAUAGGCAAUUUUUUUUCAUUUGUUAAUUUUAGCGUUUUGUUUUACAUUAUAACUUGGGGUAUAUUUUUAUAUAACCAUAUCAGUAAUGUAUAUAUUAAGAAGAUAUACGCAGUUGCGCACCCAUGUUAUGUUGAUCUAAAAGAACAAAUGAAAUAUGUAUAUGAAAACAUACCUAAAUUGAAGCAUAUCAAAAAGAACAUUUAA